AAUCAUAGACAGUGGGGACUUGUAGAUGAACGGUCUGGAUCGUCGCAUGGUGGGCCAGAAAGGGUGACCCAAAAUCUGCCAUUGUAUAUAUGAGUGAAAUUGGAGAGGGUUGGUUGUGUAUUCAUCAAUCAGGCCAAUACAUAGUAGACUAGUCUGAGUGCGAUAUGUCGGGUACUGAGGUUGAUGGAUCUGAAGGCCCAGAAAAUGAGGAAAAUGCCAUGCCUACAUCUCAAGAAGAGGAGGAAAUGAUCAAGAAGAAGUACGGAGGACUUGUACCGAAGAAACCACCACUCAUUUCCAAGGACCAUGAACGGGCUUACUUUGAUUCUGCUGAUUGGGCACUGAGAAAGCAAGGAGCACCUGCAGAUGGGAAGCCCAAAGAACCAGAGGAACUUCCACCAAAAUUGCAGCCCACUCAAAACCAGCAAGCACGCCCUAGGCGAUCUCCUUACGCUCCAACAGACGGUGAAGAUGGAGGCAACGCUUCAGAGGACCCGAAUGGCAACGAGUAAUUUGUCUGUUUUGGCAUAUUGCUGAUGAUUAUUCUGAUACUCUGAAUGUGAUUCUUUCUUUCAUUUUUUUUUUUUUUCUUCUUUUUUCUUCCAUGAAUAAGCAAUGCAAAGGAAUUUGCAUUUCCUAUGAACCAUUGUGUGUGCCAACUUCUCUAAACUCGUAUAUAUUUCUCGUUCAUUCCAUUUACCAAAAACACA